AUGAAGGGUUUCUGUCUCAAUUUCAAUUGCUUCAGGCGCCGCCGCUGUGACUGCAGCGACUCAGAAGAAGAGGCCGCCCAUCCUUCCCCUGUUGCCCCUGUUGCCGAUACCCUCGCUGCCGAUGCACCCGCCCCGAGUGCAUUAGAGGCUGCUGCCGCCCUCGCCCUCAUCCCCACCCGCUCCUACUCCUCCCAAUCAACCAUUUCCUUGGUUGACGUAGUACGACCUAAGUCCACGAGAAGAGCAUCCCCCAAGCUGACUUACCCUGAGAAGGCAGCAGACAAAGCCCCAAAGCCACCUAAAGCAAAGCCACUCAAGGCGCUGAAGCCAUUGAAGCCAGGGAAGUCACCUUCAUCCACAAGGAAGAUUACUUGGGCGAACACGCCCACCAAGGCCAGUGAAACCAGCAGCAGCAGUCUGGACCUCAGCCAACUCCCGCCGCCACGAAUCGGUUCUCACACAGACAUCACACCUGAAAUGAGUGAUAUGGACCUUAGCAGCCCCGAACAAAGUGACCUGGAAUGGGAAGAUGCCGAGCGUCCCAGUCAGGUAAUCCCUCCAGAGCAAUUGUUGAACCAGCCUCUCGAGAGUUUGCUGGUCUUUCCCACGCUCCCGGUUAACCCUAUGAUUCCUCUCCCACGGAGGAAGACUACCGGGAAGGUCAUCGACUCUGAAAGUGAAUCUGACUCAUCGGAUGGUGGUCACUUGUACAUCGGUUCUGCAAGGCCCCGUCAGGCUCUCAAAUCCUCGGUGGGGACUCAACCCUCUGGUAGCAAGAAGCGAGCAUAUGUCGAGGAACCCGAGCCUUCAGCUGAGAAUGUCGAGGAAUCUGAGCCUUCGAAUAAAAGUAUCGAGGACUCUGAGCCUUCGGCUAAACGUCCCCGUCUCUUAGAUUCAGGUCAUACGGAACAUCUAACGGAGCAGGAGAUGAUGGAGUUGGGUAAGAGCUGGCCGGCUCUCCCGUGGGGAUCAUUACCCUGGGGACCAAAAGGAAGAAGAGGACCUGUGCUACCACGAGGAAAAGCACCAAAGGGACCUUGGGGAGCGUGGCCAAGUUUGGGGCCAACCCUACCCUUUGCGGCUGGUCCAGUACUAGAUGCUCCAAAGCUAAUGAAAUCUCCAGAGGCCUCAGUAUCUAGUGAUGCGGGUUCCUUUAACACUUUUGACCAGUUGUAUAUCAAGCCUUCGGUGGCGGAAGUCGCUGAAUACCGAAGAAAGGGAGCCCAACUACAAGCUUGGUUAGAAGACCCAAACGAACCAGGCUGCAAUAUUGCCCCAAUCACAACCACCCUGGACGAUUUGAUGAACGCCGCGCCACCGGAUCGUUUUGAAGUCAGCGAUUCUAGCUUCGUAAAUCCACAGGACAUUAUGGAUGGAGGUGAACCGAGCACGGUAGGGCUCAUUCCUACAGGCUGUUAUUACCGCCGUACAACGAUUGAUAACAAGGUCACGAACCCGGCAAUCUUAGCGGCAGCUGGUCAUAAGCAUCUAAAUAAUGGCUACUCCCAUCUAUGCGGACCAGACCUUCUUGUGGCUAAUUCCAUUUUUAGGUACGAUAACGUUCAGUGGAAUGUGGUCGCCAGGGCUGUCUACACGUUGGACCGUGGUAUGGAAACCUUGAAGUUUAUAAUGUUCUCCCACGUUGUUAACAAUGAGACUCAACCAUAUAUCCUCCAGGAGCUCUACCCCAGACUCGGACUUGUCUUCGAUGACACGUACCAUGGGCCACUUGUGAAAGUCGAACGUGGCUCGCGUGAGUUUGAGGAGCUGCUCGGCACAAAGUUGGGCAAGGCAGCUGCCAUCCUUCUCAUAUCAAGUCUCCCCAGAGGUACGAGACGUAUCGCCCGAGCAGUCAUUUGGAACUCUUUGUAUAGAGUUCAGGUAAGAUUUGAGAUUGAGUCUGCCAUUCCAGGUGAGGAAAUUCCUGGAGACCCUGUACCACGACCAGGACCCGCACCUACAGCAAAGGAAACAAAUGUAUAUUUUGAUGUAUCGGAAUAUCGAGAACCAGCUGGAGCUCCUAGAUCACCUACAGAAUCAGAUGACUAUCAAGGAAGCGAACAUUGGGACGAAUGA